AUGUUCGACGUAAUCGUCAUCGGCGCCGGCCUCAGCGGCCUGCAAGCCGCCUACACAGCCCAACAAGCCGGGCUCAGCGUCGCAGUCCUCGAAGCCCGCGACCGCGUCGGCGGGAAGAUCUGGAGCGUGCCGCUGGCUUCGGGACGCGGGUACGCCGAUCUCGGUGGUGCGUGGGUGAAUCUUACCCUGCAGCCGCGCGUCGGCGCAUACGUUAAGCAGUUUGGGCUCGACACGGAGGUUCAGCGGCUUGAUGGGAGAGCGGUUAUGCAGGAAAGUAAGGAGGCAGGGGGAAGUUAUGGGUGUCUACAGUUCACCCCCGCCGAAAAGCAAAACCUCGAACGCAUCCGCGACCACAUCCAGGCCGAGUCGCUGAAACCCGGUCCACCGCGCGCCCAAGACGACAACGUCACGCUGGACCAGUACGUCCGGGACCUCGGCGCGCUGCCCAAGACCGCCAAGAUGGUCAAUCUCUGGGCGCAGGUCAUGCAUGGUCUUGAAUCGAGCGAGUACUCGGCGGCGUGGUUUAUCGAUUACUGUCGACGGAAUCGGGGGCUGCUGGCGAUUCGGGCGGAUGAUGCCAGUGGCGGGCAGCAUUUGAGGUUUCGGGGGGGCUCCCAAUCCCUAGCAACGCACCUCGCCUCCCUAAUUGGGCCCAGUCACAUCCACCUCAGCACCCCCGUGCUCAGCAUAACCGACGCCAAAACCCACGUCACUGUAACCUCAACAACCGGCCAAACCUUCGUAUCCCGAAAGGCCAUCCUCUCCAUCCCCUCAACCAUGUACAAGGAGCUCAACAUCCAGCCUAAUCUCCCGCCACGCCUCCGCCAAAUCACAGACGCCACCGUCCUGGGUGACUACAACAAGGCGAUAGUGUGCUAUGAUCGACCCUGGUGGCGCGAAAAAGGGUUCAAUGGGUAUUUUGCGUCGUUUGAAGGGCCAGUCAUUCUCGCCAGAGAUACCAGUGUCGAGUCAGCGAGACAUUUCUCUCUAACCUGUUUCGUGAAUGGAAAACCUGGUCGGUUCUGGAGUAAACUCCCACCGCACGAACGGCGCGCUGUUGUCUUGAGACAACUCGCUACAGUCUUCAAUGCCGAUACCGAACCUGGAUCCAACCACGAGGUCUGGAAACCCAUCGAAUUCUUCGACCAGAUCUGGCAGCACGAGCGGUUUUCUCGCGGGGCGCUGGCACCCAUCACGGCGCUCGGGCAUUACGUCGAGUUUGCGGAUGUGUAUGGCAAACCGGUGGGGAAUUUGCAUUUUGUCGGGACGGAAUAUAGUACCGAGUGGAAGGGGUAUAUGGAGGGGGCGCUUUGCUCGGGGGAGGUUGGUGGACUGGAAGCUGUUGAUGCUCUUCAAGGAAAGGGGAGGGCGAGUUUGUAG